AUGAAUCAAAUUCAUUUUUUGACAUUCUUUUUUUCUUCCCCUUACUGUUCUCUAUUUUUCUUUUCUCGUUCUCUUUCUUUUUGGCUUUCAAUUCUUGUUUCUCUUUCUUUCCUUUGUAUUUCUCUUCCUUUCCUUUCCUUUGUACUUCUCUCUCUUUCCUUUGUACUUCUCUCUCUUUCCUUUGUACUUCUCUUUCCUUUCCUUUGUACUUCUCUUUCUUGCCUUUCCUUUGUACUUCUCUUUUCUCCUUUUUACUUUCUUACUUCUCUUUUUUUACUUUCUCUUUUUCUUUUCUCUUUUUUCCUCUUUCCAUUUUUCUUUUCUCAAUUUUUUUUUUUUUUUUUUUUCUUUUCUCUUUUUACUUUCUCUUUACUUUUUCUUUUUCUUUUCUCUUUGUUUUUCACAUUUUCUUUUUCUUUUGCCAUUUUUGCUUUUCUGAACGCCGUGCUUCAGCAAGGUUUCGUCCCAUUAAGCUCAGUAGCUUUCCACACGGUGGGCUCGCAACAGCUGGAUGAUGUUACAUUGCAACCAGUCUAA